CCCCUCCCCAGCGGCGAGCACGUGCUCUCAAGUCCAAUGUCUACACGAGCGACGCCCGGCCGCCGAGCACAUUCCGCUCUCGGAGCCGACGGAGGCGGCCGCGCGCGCUCGACGAACGUGACCCCUGACCUUAGCUGACGCCGCGACCUGCCGGACAAGAUGGCGCCGCUCAGGGAAAGCCGGCAGCAGCAGACGGUAGUCCUGGCCUAUUCAGGUGGUCUUGAUACCUCGUGCAUCCUCGUGUGGCUACGAGAGCAGGGCUACCAAGUGGUAGCGUACCUGGCUAACAUCGGUCAGGAGGAGGACUUCGUCGCCGCCAAGGCCAAGGCAUCCAAACUCGGCGCCGCCAAGGUGAUCGUGGAUGACCAACGGGACAGCUUCGUCACCGACUUCAUCUGGCCGGCCGUGCAGUGCGGCCUCAUCUACGAGAAGCGCUACCUGCUGGGGACCUCAAUAGCUCGGCCGUGCAUAGUCCAGGGAAUCGUGCGAGCGGCCAUCGUCAACGGCGCCUCAUUCAUCAGCCACGGUGCCACCGGCAAAGGCAACGACCAGGUCCGCUUCGAGCUGGGCGUGACCGCCCUCGCACCGCAGAUCAAGAUUCUGGCGCCGUGGCGAAUGCCAGAGUUCUACAACAGGUUCCAGGGGCGCACCGACCUCUUCGAGUACGCCAAGCAGAACGGCAUCCCACUGCCCGUCACACCCAAACAGCCGUGGUCGAUGGACGCCAACCUCCUCCACAUCAGCUACGAGUCUGGCGUGCUGGAGAAGCCGAGCACGCCGGCUCCGGCCGACCUUUACCAGAUGACCUGCGACCCGGAGAAGGCGCCCGACGCGCCCCACCAGCUCAGCGUCCGCUUCGAGCACGGCGUGCCGGUGUGCGUGACCGACCACACGACGGGCACCGAGUACACCGAGCCGCGCCAGAUGCUGGAGUACCUGAACACGGUCGGCGGCCAGCACGGCGUCGGCCGGAUCGACAUCGUCGAGAACAGAUUCGUCGGGCUCAAGAGCCGCGGCGUUUACGAGUGUCCGGGCGGUGAGAUCCUGUACCAGGCUCACCUGGACCUGGAGACGUUCACCAUGGACCGGGAGGUGCUCCACUUCAAGGAGGAUCUGGCGUCCAAGCUGGCCAAGCUCGUCUACUGCGGGUUCUGGUUCAGCCCCGAAGGCCUCUAUCUGUUUGACUGUGUGCGGGCCUCCCAGACGCCGGUCACCGGCACCGUCCGCUGCAAACUCUACAAGGGCUCAGUGCAAAUCCUGAGCCGGGACGCGCCGGUCAGCCUGUACAACGAGCAGCUGGUGUCGAUGGACGUGCAGGGCGACUACGACCCAAAGGACGCCGAGGGCUUCAUCCUCAUCAACGGCAUCCGGCUGCGUGAGCAUCACCGCAUCAGCGGCGCCCAGUGAGCGGGCGCCGGCGGCGGGCGCGGCCGCGGCGAGUGCGGGAAUACACGAGGCGUUCUCUAGCGGU